AGUACAAUCCCCAUUUCCCCUUCAUUUCUCCACUCUCUGCUUUGUUUCUUCCUAUCCCUCAAUCAUGUUAGCCAAAGGCCAACGUCCGGUCAUCGGAAGGUUAUCGGAGCUCCUCGUCUCCCGCUGCCGUCCAGCCUUCCUCGACACCGGCGCCCCCAGCCCCACUUCCCAUUUCGACCUCUCCCCUUCUCCUAGACCCACCAAUUUCAAAAAUUACACCGCCGCCGUCGGACUCGGCAUCGUCGCCGCCCUCGAUACCUCCACCUCUGGUGUCCGUGGAUGUGAAAUUCUAGUUAAACACGCCGUUUGUACCCCUAAAUUGAACUCCCCUCGCCGCCCUGCUCCGAUCCCGAUUGGAUUGGCCGGUGGGUCGUUUUCGCCGGAGGAAGACGACGACGAAGAACUCGACAAUUUGGAGGAAAAUUACACUUACGUUACCACACGUGGUCCUCUCGAAUCCUCCACACGUGUGUACUACGACGGUGGUCUUGUCGCCGCCGCCAAGAAAUCGCCUCCAACGCUGGUAUUCGCAGAUCAAACUCCGCCGCGUCGGGCCCCUGAUUUCCUCCGAUCGUGUCAUUUAUGUGGGAAAAAUCUAGAGGGCAAAGACAUAUACAUGUACAGAGGGGAAAUGGCGUUUUGUAGUACGGAGUGCCGGUCGAGUCAAAUAAUGAAGGAUGAGAAGAAGGAACGGUGUCGAUCAGAGGCGAGAUCGGGAAUGGAGACGGUGUCGGAGUCGCCCAUUAACAGAGGGAUUUUUUCGACUGGAAUUCUUGCAAUUUAGGUAAAAAAAAAUUAGUAGAGGAAGAGGAAGAGGAAGAAGAAGGCGAAAGCCAUAGCAAAGUAUAUAGAAACUUAGACACGGCUAAUAGUUUGGUUUUUGAUUAUUGUAUACGUAAAUGACCAGUGGGGUGACAAAUUAUUUUACCCACUUUCUUGUUUAUGACAAUAAUUAAAUAGAGUAAAGUCAAAAAAGAAAAAAAUUUUGGA